GCCCACGAUGGCCGCGGCGGGGCUGAGGAGCCGCGGCCCGCUCCUCGUGCCGCGCGGCGCCUGGCGCGGCCUCUCGGCGGGAGCGGACGGAGAGGAGCGCGUGAGCCGCGUCCUGCGCGAGAAAUUCCCCCGCGCCUCCGCCAUCCGCGUGGUGGACAUCUCGGGGGGUUGCGGGGCCAUGUAUGAGAUCCACAUCGAAUCGGAGGAGUUCCGGGAGAAGCGGACGGUGCAGCAGCACCAGAUGGUGAAUCAGGCGCUGAGCGAGGAGAUCAAGAGCAUGCAUGGGCUGCGCAUCUUCACCUCCGUGCCCAAGCCCUGAUGGAGCUGAGCGCUGCAGGAGGGGGCGGGGGGGGAUUGCAGGGGGGGACCUGGCCAAUAAACGUGUAGCUGCACGAGGAGGCUCUUGAACCAGCGCUGGGGGGGGGGUUGGGAGGGACAGUGCUGCUACAGCCCCCGCCCAAAGGGAGCUCUGCAAAGAGAACAAUGCACCCAGAGUGCAAGCGGCAGGGGGGCACGCGGACAGGACAGCCAUUAGAAAGGAGAGCAGGAAGAGGAAACUUUAUUGCCUUGCCAACGUGGUCCCUGCCCCUCCCUCCGCCCUCCCCCGCCCCCCACCCCUCCCCCAGCUGGGGCAGAAAAGCUGCUCUGCACCCCAAGGGGCAGGCUCCCCUUGCCAGGCACUUCUUUAUUUUUUUUCCUUCCCCAUCACUGUUGCCAUGAGGGGAGCUUAAGGCUCUUGGCCAAAAGUGCAUCUAAAUCCAAAAAAAGCACUUCCAAAAAUAAGCUGUGCCUCUGCUGCCCUUCCCCCGUGGGAAGCACGCGCUGGAUGCAGCCCCGAGAUGGCCACGUGGGAUCUGAGGAAAGCUUUGCUCCAGCACUGAAAACAGCAGUGUGGCAUUCUGGAACUUCUCCCUAUGCCUGCACGAAACAAAACAACCCGCUGCAAGCUGCGCGUCUUGAGUUCCCCACUGCAAUUCUUGCCAGACUCGAGUACGUAGUUUAGAAAAUUAAAAAAAAAAAAAAAAAAAAA